AUGAGGGACAAGAAAGAAGUAUGGAAACUGGUGAAAAGUGUUUCAAACUAUGAAACACGUCAAAUGCUGUCUUCCAAACCCUUCAAGCCUUCGGAGAAGAAAGAACUAUGGAAACUGGUGAACAGCAUCACAAACUGGGAGACACUUCAGAAGUUCUCUUCCAAACCCUUCAAGCCUGGCUUUCUUGACAUGGUAUUAUCAGAGGAUUCAGAGCAUACAGCACAGUUUUACAGUGAAGAAGAAUUGACUCAGAUCAAGAAAUUGAAAUCCCAGCUUGGAUUGGGAGGAGGAACUUCAAAGACUGUAGAGAAAAAUCAGAAUCAGAGGGUGAUCAGAGAAAGUGAUGAUCAAGAAACGUACUCACAUUCACAUUCACAUUCACAGGUUGAAGCGACAAAGGCAAAGAAUAAUCUGAGGGUGAAUAGAAAAAGGCCCAGAAUUCCAAUUCAAGAAAUGGUUCUUGAUGAUGAAGAAGAGGAUGAAGCAGUACUCGCCAAACCCGCAAAGAAGAAAUCAAGAAAGAAGAUUGCUUCAGAGAAUGUGCAAGAGUUGCCUGUAGAAAUCAGGAACAGGAUUGCAGAGCUGAAUGGUACCAAUAUACAAUUUCUCAUGAGCAAGAAACUCUACAACACUGACGUCAAGGCGAAUAACAAUCGUCUGUCUAUGCCGGAAAAUAGUAUCAAGUGUGAGUUCCUCACUGAAGCUGAGAAAAAAAGCACUGCUGAACAGCAAGGUGUGGAUGUGACUGUGUUGGACCCAGGUCUCAGAGAACACUCUUUGGUCUUGAAGAAGUGGAAGAUGAACAGUGUCUUCGUCUACAAUCUGAUCAAGAAUUGGAACAAGGUUGUAUCUGAGAAUCAUUUCCAAAAAGACCAUGAACUCCAAAUUUGGUCUUUUAGGGUCAAUACCAAACUCUACUUUGUACUCAACAAAGUCUGA